AUGACUGCUGUUGUGGAGAAUCCGAAAGAGAAAGCUGUGAGUAAUGCAGAUCCAAAUUUGGAGACAAGCUUGGAAAAUUCCACCAUGAAAUCAAAUGGAAAAUGGCCAACAAUGAAGGAAAUUGUUGAUCCUGAAGGACCAUUCAUUCCAGUAAUGAUUCUCAUUUUCAUUUCCAAAUUGAGGGGCUCAGGAUCCUUCAAUGCAGGGCUUAUGAACUUCUUUAUUCUUGUACAAUACGUGCCACGACUUCUGCGUAUCUAUCUAUCCUGUAAAGAAUCGAAAACGUCUUCCAGCCAAGAUCCUCCAAUAUGGCUCAAAGGUGUACUCAAUUUCUUUAUGUACAUCCUUGCUAGUCAUGUACUUGGAGCAAUGUGGUACUUCUUUGCCAUUCAAAGAAUAACAACCUGCUGGGGAAAUGCCUGUCGGAAUGCAAAUGGAUGUGACGCUAAUAAUUUUGACUGUUCUAAUCACCAUGCGUUGAGAAAUAUCACAUCUCUGAAUGAUCUGUGCCCUAUAGAUCCAGAAAAUGCAAAGCUCUUUGAUUUUGGCAUAUAUCUUGAUAUUCUUCAGUUCGGUAUACUGGGAUCAACUAACUAUCCAGUAAAGCUUUCGUUUUGUUUCUGGUGGGGUCUGCGAAAUCUGAGGUUUGUACAUGUGAAAACACUGGAUUUGAUCUUGAGCCAUGAAAAUCCACAUUUACAUUCACUAUAUUUGUUAAACAUUAAGCAACUGCUAGAGUUCACUAAUUAGCAGUGGUUU